GGUACACAGACGCAGUGUAGUUUGAUAGAGAAUGCAGUGUGGGAAAUGGAAUGUUUUCAGAAAAAGAGAGUGACACUGACAGGAAGAAACGUUUUGUAUGGAGUGGACACCUUCACAGCCAGGCUAUUUAUUGGUUGUUAACACGCUAACGUUAAUAUUUGUUUGGAGCAUACAUCUCGUAACACAAAGGUCAUAAAGAAGAAACAGGACGUAGUUACUCUUACUAAUUACGACAUACUUGGAUUGGCGUAGUCGUGGUGCUGUGUUCCCUGUCCAGGCUGAGAAUGAUAUGAGCCCUGUCUGUACUGAACAAGACAAGCCCCUUCUUACCGUUCCACGAGUACUCUGCUGUGAGGCUGUUCAUCUGCCGGGAUACGUACUGUGAUGGUGAAAUGAAAUGAGGCUCAGAAAUGGAACUGUGGCCACAGCGUUAAUCUUCAUAACCUCUUUUAUGAGCCUGUCCUGGUAUACAACCUGGCAAGAUGGAAAAGAAAAGUUAAUCGCGUAUCAGCGAGAGUUCCAUGCCUUAAAAGAGCGCCUCCGUGUGGCCGAACAUCGCACCCUGCAGCGCUCGUCUGAGCUCAAUACCAUCCUGGAGCAGUUUAGACGGGCCAUUGCAGAAACCAACGGGAGCAAAGAUGCACUUGGACAUUUUUCAGAUGAAACUCAGAAGCUAUUGAAGGAACUGGCACACAGAAAACCGUUGCAGGUGCCAAAUAUCUACUACCACUUGCCUCACUUAUUAAACAAUGAAGGAAGCCUUCAGCCUGCUGUGCAGGUUGGUCUUGGCAGGACAAAAGUGUCUAUUGUAAUGGGAAUACCAACAGUGAAGAGGAAAGUCAAGUCUUAUCUCGCAGAGACCCUUCAUUCGUUAAUAAACAAGCUAUCUCCUGAAGAGAAAUUGGAUUGUGUUAUUAUAGUCUUUGUAGGAGAGACAGAUAUUGAUUAUGUCCAUAGCGUUGUGGAGAGCCUGGAUAAAGAGUUUUCUACAGAAAUCAAUUCAGGCCUUUUGGAAGUGAUAUCUCCUCCUGCUAGUUACUAUCCUGACUUGACAAACUUGAAGGAAACCUUUGGUGACACAAAGGAAAGAGUCAAGUGGCGAACAAAACAGAAUUUGGAUUACAGUUUCCUUAUGAUGUAUGCUCUAAAUAAGGGUACUUAUUAUGUCCAGCUUGAAGAUGACAUAGUUGCUAAACCAAACUACUUCAUCACCAUGAAAAACUUUGCCCUUCAGCUCUCUUCAGAAGACUGGAUGAUUUUAGAGUUCUCACAGCUAGGAUUUAUUGGGAAGAUGUUUCAGGCUCCUGAUUUGAACCUGAUUGUGGAGUUCAUACUCAUGUUCUAUAAGGAGAAGCCCAUUGAUUGGCUGCUUGAUCAUAUCCUCUGGGUAAAAGCCUGCAGUCCAGAGAAGGAUGCGAAACAUUGCGAGCGACAGAAGUCCAAUCUGCGAGUUCGAUUCAGGCCAUCGCUGUUUCAGCACGUGGGGCUGCAUUCCUCUCUGGCUGGGAAGAUCCAGAAGCUUACUGACAAAGAUUUUCUGAAGCCGUUACUUCACAAGAUCCAUGUGAACCCACCAGCUGAGGUUUCAACCUCCCUCAAAAUGUACCAGGGACACACCUUGGAGAAAACCUACUUGGGGGAGGACUUCUUUUGGGCCAUCACUCCUACUGCUGGGGACUACAUCCUCUUCAAAUUCGACAGGCCAGUCAAUAUUGAAAGAUAUCUAUUUCGUAGUGGUAACCCUGAGCAUCCAGGAGACAAAUUACAGAAUACAACUGUUGAGAUCCUGCCUUUUUCGGAAACUGGAUUGAAAACCAAAGAUAAAUAUAAACGCACAGAUGAUGGCUUUUACAGAAUAGGAAAAUUUGAAAAUGGAGUGUCAGAGUCUGCAGUUGAUCCCGUCUUCAAUCCCAUUUCUGCACUGCGGCUUUCAGUCCUGCAGGACUCUGCCGUGUGGGCGAUACUCAGCGAGAUGCACAUUAAAAAAGCUGCAAGAUAAUCAGCAAUAGCAGGGAGAGCGUGACACCUUGAACAGUUCACGUGCACAGAAUGUCAACACCGAGGACUGCAGAUUUGGUAGAAAACAUGCCUGAUACUUUCAUUUGGAUAUGUUCCAUGCUUUUCAUUCUACCUCUUGUAAAUACUACUGUAGGACAUAAUUUAAACUAGGCCCUGUUAGACAAGAAAAUAUUCCUUGAGUGCUUCAAAAAGCCCUAAAACAAAAAAGAUCAAUGCCAAGAAAUAUGAAUGGGACCCCUACAAUCCAUUUCAAAUAAUAAUGUAGAAAAUUGAGUUGUACAUUUUGUCAUUUGUAGAACGAUUGUACUUUUAUUUGCUAGUAUCUCUGUGUUGAAGCCGUAUUUCUGUCUAGGUUUAUAUUUUGUUUGUUAUGAAAAGUGAUGGUGACUUAAUUUAUUUAUAAAAUGAGGUGCACGUAUAUUUUCUCUGAUAGGGUUAUUAAUCAGUAGAUGUUUGUUUGUAAACACAUCUAAAUUUGCUAUUUAAUUAUUUCUAGUUGACAAACUCUGUAUGUAUUCUUUCUCAAAUACCUUUUGAUGUAUUUACUUGUUCAUUUUGUAUCAUGUUUUUCAGUCUUUUAAGGCGGCAUAUUUGAAAACGUGCCUUGUCAGGGUUCUUGAACACAUUGAAAUUGCUGGCACAAAAUCACACACUUGUAAUGAAUAUCUCAACUGCUUUGUUUGUCAAAGCUGCAAGAAUAUUUGAUUUCAACGCAGUUGUGCUCGUAAUUUUUCAAAUUACAUAUAUAGCACUUUACUGUCCAAGUAAGAAAAACUGCUCAUUUGAUAUUGCCUGUUGCACAGAAUAUUGGUAAUGUUUUUGUUUUUUUUCUUCAAAAAAUAACUUUCCAUUCUGUUUAAAGACCAGUCAUACAACACUAGGUAAUCAUUUAUAAAAAUGACUAGUAAAGUGUUGUUUAUUUGUGGCAUUAAUACUUUCUACACUCCCUGGCAACAAUUUGUCCCAAUAAGAUUCAGUUAUACACACUUUUUCCCAAAUAAACCUCUCUCUAUUUUAAAACCUGGGAACAGUGUUUUAUGCUGCCCUUCUUCAAAAUGUGUUCCUUUUUAUUUUGACCAAAUGAAUAUAAAACAAUGGAAACAGUCUUGGGGUAAAUACCUUCAAUAUCAUAUCCAGUUUCCCCUAAAUUGAAAUGUGUUACAUGUUUUAUAGAAAAAGGUCUGUGAAACGCUUAACACAUGCUGUUCUUUUUUCAUAGUAAAGGUUACCAAAAAAGUGAAAUCCAUCUGAUAUUCUGGAAUCAUUUGUAAAACUAAUUUACAGCUAUAUUUUACAUACUUUUUUAUAUAUUUUUUUGUUUACAUUUUACAUAGAUGACUGUUUCAUGAAGAACUGUUCAUUGUACUAUAUUGUGGUUUUGUAGGCAGAGAUUAUUUAUUUUAACAAUUGCUGCUACAAUUAUAAACCUUUAUGGGUCAGGUGCCUUUCAUCUAUACGUUUCAUGUAUGUGCCAGAGAUUUAUAUGUGUACUAUUGAAAUAAAACUGACCUUGAUAUAAAGUUAUUGCAAUGCUUGGUAUUUACCGUAUUCCUUCCCUCAAUUUGAGAAAAAAAAAAAAAGGUGCAUUUACAACGAUACAGCUUCAAUUACGCAUGUAGAGGCAGUUUGCGGCCGUCUGCUAUCACACAGAGCAUUAGUUGUGAUUACUCACACCUGUUUUUCUGUGAAUUUGUCUAAAAAAUACAGGUGUCUGUUAGCAUUUCCGAUUUGUCCAAGGUGGUACUGUUUGUUAGAAAUGCCAAAAUUAUAAAAACUUCUCUUUGAAUUCCUCAGGAAGCAAAUGACACUUCUUUGAAAAUGGCUGCCUGUAUGUCAUGGAUGAUUCGAGAUCGGGCAGCAAUGUUUUUUUGGUUCAUCUUUUCUCGGCAGUAAAUCAUGUUGCUGCUUGUGUAUUCAGGCAGUGACUUCUUUGUUCGUCUCUUCUCGUCGGUCAGUCACGUUGCUGUUUGUGUACUCUGGUAGUCGCAUCUUUUGUUGUUUUUAAUACAUGCAUCACUACCGUACCCAAAUUUAAGACACAGGCUAUUUUUGAGAAGAAAAAUUGGUUUAAAAAUUCAAAGUAAUUCAGUACUUUGUAGAGAUCAGAUUUCUUGAUAUUAUUGGUUUAUGAUAAUCUGUCUUUUAGAACAAUGGGGGAGUUAAAUGAUCCAUCUGAAAGAACGAUUUGAGUACAUGUCUAAUGGAUAUGACAUAUUACAGGAUCAAACUGCUAGGAGUUAAUGUAUGAACUGUAUUUCAAUUUACAGGUUUACAGAGUUAGAUACAAUCCAUGUGUAUUGCCUGCUCCGGUAUAGUAGCCAUUAACCUAUGGGAUUUGUUUCCCAAAGCACAGACUUGAACCAGAUUUUACAUCAAAGUUCUGCCCAGUAUUUGCUCGACUAUUCUGAAGACUUCUUUCAUUUUCUUAGAGACGCCAAAAACAGACCCCAAAAAUUCCCCAAUGCGAAGUGGGAAAAUGGGAACAGCGGACCAUAUGAACAGAGGUAAACAAGACAUUCAUAAAAAUAAACCUUAGAAAAUCAGAAUCACAACAUUUUAUACGUGAAUUCCUAAUUGUUCUGCCUGAAAGAUGUUCAUUCAAUAUUGAACAACAAACUAAUACAUGUAAACUUCUUUAUUAAAAAAGACAGUUUAAGAGUUUCAGGAAUGUACAUUGUUUCGGGUAAGUAAAUAUAAUAGUUGUCCUCAUUUGAAAUAGCUAAUGUUUAUUUUUCAAUGCAGAUUUGUCAAUGCUGUGAAAUGUCAGUUCAUCAAAAUAAUAAUAAAAAAAAAACACACUACCUUCAUAAAACAGGAUUACAACUUUAUCUACAAUGAAAAUAAUUUUAUUUACAGGUUUAAAAAAAAAAAAGCAAAAAGAAAA